AUGGGACACAGAAUUACAAUCUUCUUGGUUGCCUUCCUAUUUGUGUUGAUGGGAAAUGUCCUAUCUGCACCCAAAGUAAGUAAGAAUCGAUUCUUAGCUACUAUUGGAAUUACUCUUCUAUUUACUGUGUACUGUAAGUUUAAUAUCCGAUCUAUUUUUUAUUCUGCAUGCUCAGGGCGUAGCAAGCCCGACGUCUAGACUAGUACCGCUAUGCAAAUAUUGCCAUAGCUAUCAACACAAUAAAUAAAUAAAUAAUAAUAAUGAGUUGAAAUUUGCAUAGUUGGCAUUGGGCUGGUUACGCCACUGAUUCUGCUUGGUUAUGACCCUCAUAAAACCUGUGUCUAAUAUCACAGGUAACAGCAAAAUUAUACCCCGGUCUUAACAACGACAUUCCUCGGGUCUUAACCUAUUAUCAUUCAAUUUCAAAUGAAAGAUUGAUGGGAUUAAGAAGGGUUGUCCUUAUCUUGAAAAACGACCAAACAUCUUUCAUUUUAUCUGUAACUUUUUCUGAUAUAACCCCAUAUAUCAGUUUCUUUUCGACGAAGCAAAAUAUCCGUCUAGGCCUUGUCGGGUGACUCAAGUUAACGUAAAAUCUGUGAGUAAAUAGAUCCCCCUUCUAUCAUUCUGACACCAAAAUUUAAGUGUACAAUAUCAAGUAUCAUCAUCUCACAUGCAUCCCUCCCAUCUCAUGUUCUGCAUCUCAUGCAGUAGAUGUUGGAAUGCUUUAUUUUAACGAAAAGGUUUAGUGAACAACAUCGCGCUAUUAUUGGCAACAUUGCAAACCAACCGUGUAAUGCCACUUAUAGUGUUUCAUAGUCGUAAACGAUAUGAAAUGCACCUCAUUUCCAAAUUUUUCACUGCCCCCCCCCCCCACCACCACCCUUCCUAACGUAGUAAUGAACGUUGUUUUAAUGUUUAGCUCUACCUGUCUUUUGCCUGACAUGAGCAGGUCAGUCACAGUACUUUAUAUUUUUACCUCAUUCCCAAGUUUCCUUAAGGCUCUAUAGUACUUAUUGUGUUUCUGCCACUCUUGUUUUUGACUAUAUCCGUCUGAUUUGUUUAUUUCUGUCAUGCGAUCCCUUGUUAUAUCCACUUGUUUCAAUCCUCCCUACUUAGUUCUCGACAAACAGCCUUCACUCAAAAUUGUUAAGAUUCUGCUUAAACCAUUUUAUUUUCUAUAAAGAUCGCUGUUUUUCGAAAAUAUCUGUAAUAUAGAUUAUAAACAUCGUCUUGAUAUAUUAAAGAAGUGGGACGUAGAACAGAGACACCAGAGGCCGGUUGUUCAAUCUCUGGUCAGCUUAAUUCCAACAGCUUGUUUAUGAACAGGAACCAUCUUUCCGACAGAUUUAAAUUAUAUUUUCUGAAAUCUUUAAAUAAACAGAAAUUUACAAACCAAAACAAAAUGUUAAAUUUGAACCCAGGGUUAGCGCUGAUUGAGCUUUAAACAGCAAGAUAGUUUAAUUUAAGCAUCGCGGUUUAAUAGUUUUUGGCAAGGACUCGGUGAACUUGCUUGAACUCGCUGUUUAGGUAUUCCAGAGUUGUGCGGUUUUAUACUGGAAAAUCUUGGGACUGAGCUCCAGGCUUCUCGAAAUGAAGGAACAUCCAGGCCAUUUUUAUUUCAUGUUUGGCAAUCAUGCGCCUGUGAUGUCCCAACUAACUUGUUACACGAGAAAGCACAAAUAAUUUAUUUUCCUAAGUUCUUUAGUGGUUGAGUAUUAGUUUCUAUUAAUUUCUUGGGGCUCAUCGUUUUCACAUUUCCCUUUACUCUAUCUGCGACAAAUCAGUGGAUCAAUAUAUUUCACCACACUUUAUAAAAUUAAAUGAAAUAACAACGAAACAAACAAAUAUAACUAUUUAAAUCUCAUAGGAACAAACGUCAUAUUUCGAUGGAGAUGAACACGAGUUGAUAGGAAACAAGAUUAAUGAUCCAAGUAAACCUGGAAUAUACACCAGGUUGAUACUCCCGAAUGGAAUUCAACUCUCGUUUGGUCAAAUGAUAGCGUUAGCUGGGGAUUUUUUUGCACUAACUAAUGCAUCUAUCAUCGCAGUUCAUGGUAAAGAAGAAGUACGGAAGCCCGGGGUUGGAGAGAAGCCUUAUCCAUAUAAACCAGUCGGGGUGAAGAUCGAAAAUGAAAAGAAGCGGCCUAAAGAAGCAUACAAAAUCGGAAAAGGAAAAAGGCCUUAUGAUAUUAUGACCGAAAAAGUGCCUUAUGAAGUAUUCAAGACUGGGAUUGUUAAAAUAACACCAGGAGAACGCGAAAGGUUCAUGGCAGCUUAUAAUACACUCGCUGGUGUACCACGUAAUACGAUUCAGGAACAAGUGACCACGCUUUUAAGAAUGAUCGGGGAAGACCUGGUCGUGAGGGAAUAUCACAACGGUACACUUCAUACCAAUACUGAAUAUGCAAUAGCCACUAAUGGCAGAAUGCUAACAAUUGCAGCGAUAAAUUUCGAUCAUUUUGAGCCGCAAGCGCCAAAAGCCUACCUCGUUGGUCAUCAGUUGGCGAUGGAAAAAGCCAAAGAGGCGGCAAAGGAAAAAGAUGCCGACAUGAAAAGGAAAAUGUUGAACGAGUCUCUCUCUCUAGAUGCCUAUGCUUGUCACUUUCUCACUGAUAGUUUCUCAAGCGGUCAUAUAAGGUAUGAGCUAUGUUUGUUCAAUAUACAAAUUGCUACUGCCGGCCGCAUAACUUGCCGGCAGGUAUUUUAAAGUCAUAUUUUGCAGCCUUAAAUCCGUUCGAAAAGCUGCCUUCAAAAACUCUAUAUAGAGUAACUUUUAGCUUGUCUUGGCGUUUCAGUCUUUGUAGGGAUAAUUAACACUUCUUAAAAGGGGCGGGGUAUGGGUUCAAGAUCCAAUUCUCCAGCAAAAUUUUCGUCCACAUGUCAGCUUCAACUGUACACCUAAAAGAAUAUCCCUGAGCAAGUGUUUGACUUAUGUGUUGACUUUUAAACACAUUAUUUUGCUUUAAUGGGCAGAAUGCAGUCUUACAGGACAUUUCGUCAUCAAAAGUUGCUUCGUAUAUCUCCUUGAAGCUAUUUAAAAUCUGGUAUAUCAAACUAUGACUGUCUUUUAGUGGUAUUAUGGGUUUCCAUUUCCAUAUUUGUGUAUGUCGUUCCACAGUCCCAGUUAACCAUGGUUGCAUUUUCGCAAUUAAAAAAUAGAUAAAUCCCAGUCCCCAUUUUGUCCCUUCAGAUCCCCCUCUUAGGUUGAAUAAAUUAUUUUCAGUUGGAAGGAUAAGGAACCAUAACUCCCCAAAAAAAAGCACAAUAAAGGUAUCCUUAUUUGCCCAAUCUUGCACUGUAAAUUCUAAGGGGUAAAAAUUACCUUUAAUAUAGUGGUGUAGAUCAUUUUCCACAGAAUGAUCCAAUUUGGGGGGUAGAAUUUGAAUGCUUUGUGUUUAAUGAAACAAAUUUAAGCAUCGAUUAUAUAAUCAAAUGGAAACUAUUGAAACGACCUAACCCUUAUAACUGUGCCUCAAAUCGAUGUAAUUGUGUUUAUGGAAAAAAUAUACUUUAUUAUUUGUAAACCAAAAAUGACCCCUCUAAACAAACGAAAUGAGUUAGUCUCUGCAUGUAUAGACAUAAUAAAAAAUUACUUUUAAGUAACAUUUAAAAACUAGACAUUUAAAUAUACCGCGGUGUGUUAAUCUUUCCGCGUCCUGUCAGCUUAUCAGAUAACAUGUUAAUUAAAUCGCGUGCUUUGUAAAUAGGAUUAAGUUUUUAAAAGUCUCGUCCACUUGUACAUAUAUAACCAUGUAAGUUUUAGGCUGUAGUCAUCAGACAGGUCAAUUUAUCUGAAGAGUGCCACAUCUUGUGGUACGAGGAUGCCUAGUGGAUUUUGUUGAUUGCUGUACCUUAAUUUAAAUAUGCUCUGGUUUUCCAUUCCAAUUUUCAUGUAUUCGCAACGAUAUUAAAACAAAAAUAAAAGAGCGCAUCCAUCCGAUAAACAUUUUUAACUUACACUUCACUUCAUUGAAACGAAUAUUACGAUAAAAUGGUAACGGUUAUUAAAUUGGUUUAACAGGCCGUUUUUAGCUAAUUCUCGACACUUCCCAAAAUGUUUAUUCAACGCAGCUCUCUCGGUCAAUAUUGCACGAAAAUGCACAGGGCAUAUAUCAAAAUUUAAGUUAGACAAUACUGAAUGCAAUUCAAUGCACGUAUAGUUUAGGUGUAAUAGCUCUUUUAGUUUUUAAGUUAAAGUAAAUUAAACAGGGCAACUUUGUUUUGCACCAACAGGUAUAUAUAUAUAUAUAUAUAUAUAUAUAUAUAUAUAUAUAUAUAUAUAUAUAUAUAUAUAUAUAUAUAUAUAUAUAUAUAUAUAGUUUUUCGUUUUACCUCAGAAAACCACAACAGUCUGUUUCAUACGUAUAGGAUGAUGAUUCCUAUACGGAUGAAACAGACUGUUGUGGUUUUUUGAGGUAAAACGAAAAACUAUAUUACGCUCUAUAUCUAUAUGGUAUUGAGAACUGUUUGUGCUUCCUAAACCAAAAUCUUAAGCUAUACAUAUAUAUAUAUAUAUAUAUAUACAUAUAUAUAUAUAUAUAUAUAUAUAUAUAUAUAUAUAUAUAUAUAUAUAUAUAUAUAUAUAUAUAUAUAUAUAUAUAUAUAUGUAUAGCUUAAGAUUUUUGACACCGUUGAUUAUCUUAUACUUGUGACCAAAUUCGAAUAUUUAGGAUUGGAAAAAAUAGCGGUUGAUUGGUUUCGAUCCUAUCUGACUGACAGGCACCAAAGAUGCUUUGUCAAUGGGUGUUUGUCAGAUGAGAUUAAAAUUACUUGUGGUGUUCCCCAAGGCUCUGUACUUGGACCUCUACUCUUUCUCAUAUACAUCAACGAUUUGGCAUCUUGCUUUGAUCACGGCACUGCACGAAUGUAUGCUGAUGAUACAAAUUUGUCUUUUUCUGCAUGUUUUCCUAUUGAACUUCAACGUCAAAUGGAACGUGAUUUAAGAAAACUUGAAUUAUGGCUUAAAGCUAAUAAAUUAACUCUAAACGCCUUAAAAACUGAAUAUAUGAUUAUAGGAACUCGGCAAAAGAUUGCUUCAUUGAUCGACGAUGUUGCACUUUCUAUUGGAGGUAUUUCACUUUGUAAA